UUCGAGACUACACAACAGUAAGCUGAUAACACACCUCUACUGGUGUUUCAUUUGAUUAAACACAUGCACGUUCUAUAUGAUAUUUCCUCCAGAAGAGCCAGCUGGCAAGUCUACCCAGGAUACAUCCAUCCAUCAGGACACAGUUUAUGAUGCCUUGAAAUCACCACGUGUUGAUAUAUAGAGAGUGCAGCGUCGGUUUGAACUCUCACCACAUUUUUGGGUGUGACGUCACUAUCUACAGAGGCUCUCUCGAGUGGUGUCCUGUACCGUGCAACUGUGAGGGGGGCAUUAUCCCAAAACGUCAAAACAUGAGGAAGAGAAACGCCAAGCAGGAGUCACAGCAGCCGGAGGAAAAGACAAACCAGAAGAGCUUCACAAAGAGAGGAGAACCAGCCGAAAUUAAAACAUGUGAGGCCGGCCAGUCGAAAUCAGGUAGAGGCUGGCUGAGGCGGAUUAAACGCCUGUUCCUGACGCUCUUUGUUGUCUACAUCAGCGUGCCUUUCCUUAUCCGCCUCUUCCCAGCGCUGUUGGCCAACGUGGUCUACCUCAGUGCACUGAAAGCCCCGUUCUUCGUGGACCUCCAGCGCCCUGAGGAUCUGCAGCUGAACCACACGGCAAACUUCUACCUCUCCCCCGAAGAGGGGGUCCGCAUCGGGGUCUGGCACACGGUGCCCGACAGCAGGUGGCAGGAAGCCCAGGGGGAGGGGCUUAGCUGGUACGAGUCGGCCCUCCGAGACCAAGCGCCCAUCAUCAUCUAUCUCCAUGGAAACGGCGGGACCAGGGCUAUCGGUCACAGAGUGGAACUCAUAAAGGUGUUGAGUGCUGCUGGAUUCCACGUGUUAGCCCUGGAUUACAGAGGGUUUGCAGACUCGACGGGGGACCCCAGUGAGGAGGGCAUGACCGCCGACGGCGUGUACCUGUACCGCUGGGUGAAGGAGCGCAGUUCGGGCAGCCCGGUCUGCUUCUGGGGUCACUCUCUGGGCACAGGAGUGGCCACCAACGCAGCUUGCAGGUUACAAGACCAAGGAAGCCCCCCGGACGCGGUGAUCCUUGAAGCCCCCUACACCAACAUCCGAGAGGAGGGGGCACACCACCCCUUCGCACAGAUCUAUAGGAUUUUUCCAGCGUUUGAAUACUUCUUUCUGGACACCAUGGCCCUCAGCAACAUAUUCUUCCCUAACGAUGAGAACUUGAAGUCCAUGUCCAGUCCCCUGAUGAUUCUGCAUGCAGAGGAUGACCACGUGGUGCCCUUUGAAAUGAGCAGAAAGCUGUACGAGAUUGCACUGAAGUCCCAGCACUCCCAGGAGAACGUCAAGCUGGUUUCAUUCGAUGGCUCUCUUGGAUAUCGACACAACAACAUUUACAAGGACCCCAAGCUGCCAGCUCUGCUGUGGGAGUUUCUACAGCCUGUGGCAGAAUUCUGAUCACACAUAGCUUUUUAGAAAAAAAAAUAAAAAUAAAUAACAAUUCCAUUAAUAUUGCACUGAAUGUAGACUGUUGUAAAGUUGUUUGAAACCUGAUUUGUAAAAUAAUGAAAAGCUAAAUAAAAAAGGUGGCAGUAAUAAAAGGAGACUCAUGCAACACAAACAUGCCCAACAGGCAAUUUCCCCCUUGAUUAAAUAUUGUACACAUCCAUUUUACGUUAAAGAAAUUCCAACAGGACAGCAUAUGAAGUUCACUAAAGUUUGUGCUGUAAACUAUGCUACCAAAACUCCUGUUCAUCACUGCAGAAUACAAGCUACAGUGGGUUGGUUACCCAAAUAACCACAGCUCUCAUAGCAUUCCAUUAAAACAACUACAUUUGGAAGAGUGAUGUACCCAAUUGUAAUCAUUGGAAUUCAAGAAAAUCUUUCCUCGACAUUUGACAAAAAAUAAAAGGGGUGUGUGCUCACAAUAGAAACCUGCAUGCAAAGAACAGGUUCUGGAAAAUGUGCUUUUAUUGUUUGAACAGUACAGAAAUCUUGCUUGUAUCAGAUGACAAGUCUGAAAGCCGCAUUUUCAAAAAUUAAACUUUUUUUUUUGUACCCUCUA